AUGAUUACCUACAUUACUUUGCUUUUUUUCCCUUUCUCGCAGUGCAUGCCUAUUAAAGGCCUUGGAUUUGUGCUUGGAGCCUACAAAUGUAUUUGCAAGGCUGGAUUCUAUCAUCCCAACAUCUUUUCAGUGAACAGCUUUCAGAGAAAGGACGCAGAUAACCGCUUUUCUGGGGGUGACCUGUCAGAGGAAGUCUACACGUGCCUGCCCUGCAGGGAAGGAUGUUCGUACUGUACGGACGACACCCCCUGCUACGCACAGGAGGACAAGUACUUGCGGCUCGCUAUCAUCUCCUUCCAAACGCUCUGUAUGCUGCUCGACUUCAUAAGCAUGCUGGUGGUCUACCAUUUUCGCAAGGCAAAGAGUAUCAGGGCUUCAGGGCUGGUUCUUCUGGAAACCAUUCUUUUUGGAUCACUCCUUCUGUACUUCCCGGUUGUCAUUUUGUAUUUUGAGCCAAGCGUAUUUCGCUGUGUUCUCCUAAGAUGGGUUCGUCUUCUGGGCUUUGCUACUGUUUAUGGAACUGUGACGCUCAAGCUGCACAGGGUUUUGAAGGUAUUCCUGUCCCGAACUGCUCAGCGUAUUCCAUACAUGACAGGUGGACGAGUGAUGAGGAUGCUGGCUGUAAUUCUCCUGGUAGUCUUUUGGUUUCUCAUCGGCUGGACUUCUGCAAUAAACCAAAAUUUGGAGAGAAACAUUCCACUCAUUGGCCAAGGGCAAACAUCUGACCAUCUGAUCUUCAAUAUGUGCCUCAUAGACCGCUGGGAUUACAUGAUGGCUAUUGCUGAAUUUUUAUUCCUCUUGUGGGGUGUUUAUCUCUGCUAUGCAGUGCGGACAGUCCCAUCAGCAUUUCAUGAGCCACGUUAUAUGGCUGUUGCAGUUCACAAUGAGCUCAUUAUCUCUGCUAUAUUCCAUACAAUUAGAUUCAUCCUUGCUUCAAGACUUCAGUCUGACUGGAUGCUGAUGCUGUUCUUUGCACACACACACUUGACUGUGACAGUCACUGUUGGGCUACUUCUGAUCCCUAAGUUUUCACAUUCAAGCAAUAACCCAAGAGAUGAUAUAGCUACAGAAGCAUAUGAAGAUGAGCUUGACAUGGGUCGCUCUGGAUCCUAUCUGAACAGCAGCAUCAAUUCAGCAUGGAGUGAACAUAGUUUGGAUCCUGAAGACAUUCGGGAUGAGCUGAAGAAACUAUAUGCCCAGCUUGAAAUCUAUAAGAGGAAAAAGAUGAUUGCUAAUAACCCACAUCUCCAGAAAAAAAGGUGCUCUAAGAAGGGCUUGGGGAGAUCAAUAAUGCGACGUAUUACAGAAAUCCCUGAGACAGUCACGAGGCAGUGCUCCAGGGAUGAGAAGGACCUGGUGGAGCACAGUGCUGUAAAGAAUACUGCAGCACUGAAGAAAAACCCGCAGGACUCCACGACUUAUGUAAAGCCAAAAGAAGAGACUUUGAAAAACAGAGUAUUUUCAUUAAAGAAGUCCCACAGCACUUAUGAUCAUGUUAGGGAUCAAACAGAAGAACCUAACAGCUUAACUAGAGAAAGCGUGGAAGGUCUAACUGCUGAGAAUUCACUUCUGGAUUCCUUGCCUGAGAAUAAAUUAACCAAAAAAGCUACUGAAAAAGUUGAAGCAGCGUCCACUGAAUCAGUCCCUUUGGUGUGCAAAUCAGUAAGCGCACAUAACUUAAGUGCAGAUAAGAAGCCUCUGCAUCCAAGAACAUCUGUGUUACAAAAAUCGCUCAGUGUUAUUGCUAGUGCCAAGGAAAAGACUCUAGGCUUAACAGGUAAAACGCAAAGUCUCGAAGAAAGCACUAAAUCCCAUAAAUCUCAACAAAAGAAUAAGGAGAUCAACAAAAAACACUCAAUCUCUGAGAAAGGGGAGCAUAAGGAUUCUCAGUGGAAGAACUCUACGCACUCUGAGGAGACAAAGAAAACCCAUAAAUCUGGAAUUAUGAAACAACAAAAGGUUAGUCAGAUGCCUACAAAUCCUGACACAGGGCCAGGUAAGUCUCUGCACAAGGACAAUUUUGACAUAGGAGAAGUUUGUCCUUGGGAGAUAUAUGACCAAAUUCCUGGUCCUGUGCCUUCUGACUCUAAAGUUCAAAAACAUGUAUCUAUUGCUUCCUCAGAGUCAGAGAAAAACCACCCUUCCCAGCCAAAGGGGAAAUCUCAUCAUAAGCUGAAGACAGCUGAGGGGUAUCAACAAUCCAAUCAAAAGAGCUCAGAGAAGUUGGAGACAACCCCUUGGGAGACACAAGAGCAGCAGGCUUUUGAAAAUGAGAAAAAACAGUUGAAUUCCAAGUCUCAGGUCACCCCUGGGUUGAAAUGUGAGAAUGUUAAUAGAUACGUGCCCACUCCUUGUGCUGGGCAAUAUGACGAACAACCCCAGAAAGCAACAGAAAAGGAAAACCUCAAUAAAUUGGCAGAACAGAAAAAAAAUAAAUUGUCUGAGGCAAAUGCGCUUUCCUCUGACUCCCAUAAGCCAAGUAGUUACUUACAGAAACCUUUAGCAUCUCGAGCUGAAGUCUGCCCUUGGGAGUAUGAUACACCAGAUUUACCAAAUGCAGAAAGAAGUGUAGCUUUAUCAAAAACCUCUACUAUAAGUGCAAAUAAAACAGCAACACCUCGAAAAUAAGAGGUUUUGAACUGAGGAGAGUAGCAACACUGAGAAGAAAGACAACAUGAAAGAGAAGAGACUUAGGCCAGAAGGAUCUGAAAAUUCCUAAGGAGCAUCACUUAAAUCAAGAGAAUCAGCACAACACAUAAGCAGAAAAUAAGCAAAGUAAAUUAUUAUUGUUCUUAUUGUUUAUUUUUUGAGUGCCAACAGUGUGAUUCGCAGUGUCCAAAAUGUGGCCCCUGCUGCAAGGAAUUUACUGAGUCAAUGAAAGAAACCAGCCUUGGUGAAGUCACUACUUCAAAAGAA